AAUUUGAGAGAUGUGUACAAAAUUAGGCACAAAUUUGUGGACAAAAGACAUCAUUUAUGGAUAUAUUUGUUGAACAAAAGUGUGAGUCUAUUAUAGCGGUGAAAGACUGAAGACUUCCACGUUUUGCAGUCAACGAGUGAUUCAAUUGAACGACAAUUGUAUUGAUUUGCAAACCAAUGAAACACUGAAUCUUGAGAUCCAUUGACUCGGAGGACAACUGAUUGCGAAGAAGUGGUUCUCAAAAUGGUGUCAAUCAUAACGCAAGUGGACACGAGUCACGACGACAUGAUACACGACGCGCAGAUGGACUACUAUGGGACACGACUGGCCACGUGCUCGUCCGACCGCACCGUCAAGAUCUUCGAGAUAGUGUCGGGACAGCAGAAGCUGUUGACCACCUUGGUUGGACACGAGGGGCCGGUGUGGCAGUUAGGGUGGGCUCACCCCAAGUUCGCCAAUCUGUUGGCCUCUUGUAGUUACGACAAGCGGGUGAUCAUCUGGAAGGAGGUGUCGGGCAACCAAUGGGAGCGCGUCUACGAACACCUCAACCACGACUCGUCCGUCAACUCGAUCUGUUGGGCGCCUCAAGAGUUUGGUCUUCAGCUGGUCUGCGGCUCCUCUGACGGCGCCAUAUCUGUCCUCUCGAGUCAAGGGGACGGCAUUUGGGACGCGAAGAAGAUCAGUAACGCCCACUCGAUUGGCUGCAAUGCCGUGAGUUGGGCGCCGGCUAUCCCUGUGUUGGGCGGCGUCUCGGGGGACGCGUCGAGCCGUCAGAUGGUUAAGCGGUUUGUGUCGGGAGGAUGUGAUAAUUUGGUGAAGAUAUGGAAAUUGGACGAAACGGACGAGAAGUGGGUGGAGGAGCAGCGCCUGGAGGCCCACUCUGAUUGGGUGCGAGACGUGGCGUGGGCUCCAAGCAUAGGCCUCCCCAAGAGCUACAUCGCCAGCUGUUCGCAGGACCGGCGGGUCAUCAUAUGGACCAAUACGAUGGACGGCCCCAACAGUUCCAACUGGAGCUAUAAGAUACUGCACACCUUCGAUGACGUGGUUUGGCACGUGUCGUGGUCUGUGAUGGCCAACAUCCUGGCCGUGUCGGGCGGUGACAACAAAGUGAGUCUCUGGAAGGAGAACUUCGACCAGAACUGGAUCUGCAUCAGUGAUAUGACCGGCAAUAAGAACAAUUAG